CGUUUCAAUGACAUUUGCCCUACACAGCUUCCGUACACGUUCCCAUGCGACAACAGAAGGUCAGACAUGGCAGCCUGUGCGAAAGGGCUCGACAAAUUUAUGUUUUCGCUGAGGUUAUUACGAAACCUCCGGCUCGAAAAUGAACGGUCCAUAUCCACAUCCAUGUGUCGUCUGGUUCCAAACAGCGAGGAGCCACCAAAAUUCACCCCUCCAUCUAAACCUGUCAUCGUAGAUAAAACACAGAGCGUGGCAUCUCUCCGCAAGUUUCUGAGCCCAGAGUUCACCCCUCCCAGACAGAGAACAGAUCCUUUAAAAUUCUCCAUUGAGAGGAAAGAUAUGAUUCGCAGGAGGAAAGUGCUCAACAUUCCCGAAUUCUACGUUGGAAGCAUCCUGGCAGUAACAAUGGCCGACCCCAAUGCCAGCGGGAAAACUAACCGCUUUGUUGGCAUCUGUAUCCAGAGGGGUGGAAAGGGUCUGGGAGCGACAUUCGUCCUGAGGAAUAUCAUUGAUAACCAAGGCGUGGAGAUCUGCUACGAGCUGUACAGCCCUCGUAUCCAGAAAAUUGACGUGCUGAAGCUGGAGAAGAGGCUGGAUGACAACCUGAUGUAUCUGAGAGAUGCCAUUCCAGAGUACAGCACUGUGGACCCGGACAUGAAGCCUGUGCCCUUCUCCCCCACUGGAGAGGUGCCUGUCAACAAGAUCAAAGUAAGAAUGCGCCCUAAACCAUGGUCCAAACGCUGGGAACGACCCAAGUUCAACAUCCAGGGCAUCCGCUUUGACCUGUCCCUGACCCCAGAGCAGAUGGAACACGCCCAGAAGUGGGCACAGCCUUGGCAGGAGUACGACAUGCUGAAGGAGUACGACACGUCAGAACUGGAGGUCCAGAUCCUCGGUGAGGUCCAGCAGGAGCUGAGCAAGUGAGGAAGAUCCGCCUAAAAUGCAUAUGCUCUUAAGUUUUACCAUCAAGAGACUUUUGGGAAUUGGAAAAGACUGGAAUAUGCAGCUUGCACGGAUGUAGAACACUCUGCUCAGCUGAAUUAAGUUUUGGUGUUCUGUAGUCUGAGGAGUCACGCCUUCUUUUUGUCUUGUCAAUCUGCUGCACAGUAACUUUUCAGUGUCACUGGCCUUAGUUAGUUAUAACAUUCAUUACGUGGUUUCUAUAAUAAAAGCUAUUGAACCUGACAA